AUGAGUGGAAACAGAGACCCACGUCCAGGCCAGCCUCCUAAGGCCAAAACUAAAUGCCAGAAUGUGAGUCACCAAUCAGACACCCUUCACAGGCCCCACCCCCGGGUGAUGCAAGUGAUCCAGCGUCUGCAGAAGAUCAUAAAUGAUUACAUCCUGCAGCUGGAGAGCAGGCACCAGCAGGAGGACCUGGAGCAGGAGAAGCAACAGCACAGCCAGAACAUCAGGGACCAGGAAGCCAUCCUCGUCCAUUUAAUGUGUGAGGUGGUCAACCUCUUACACUCUGGAGCCUCAAGUAGCCUGGAGCUCCAACUGCCUCGCCUUCCCCUGGACUCAAGGGGCGGUGCUGGAGGUGGUCAGCAGGCCCAGUCAUCCAGGGAGCCUGACCAGCUAAGUCACCAACUGAGUGAUUCGGAAACUGCAUUUAUCAGCUGUUAUCUAUCCAACCGUGGGAUUGACGUCUCUGCCUUAUACCAGUCCAACUUCCAGGACUUCAUAGCCUACCAAGGAGACAAAAACCAUGAGGAUAAGAACACCUUGGGCUUCAUUAACCUUGGCCUCAGUGAGAACAAACUCUGCAUUGAUCUGCUGACUGAAAGGUUGAGUCGGAGUGACAUGAACUACAUUGAUGAUGACCUUCUGCAAUAUCCUGAUUGGAGUGGACAUGCAUUCCUGAGGGAAGAAGUAGCCCGGUUCCUGACCUACUACUGCAAGGCACCUGACCUGCUUGAUCCAGAAAAUGUGGUUGCUCUCAAUAGCUCCCUCUCUGUCUUCUUGACCCUGACCAUGGUGCUGUGUGAUGCAGGUGAUGCCUUUCUGAUCCCCACCCCCUUCUAUUCUGGCUUCACAUUAACUGCCCGCCUGUAUUCAAAAGUUGAGCUGAUUCAUGUCCACCUGCUGAGGAAGAUCACUGAGGCGGACACCCAGCCAUUCCAGCUGAUCGUGGACAAGUUGGAGAAAGCCCUGCUGGAGGCUAAGUUUAAGGGGAAAAAGGUCAGAGGUCUUGUUCUCUUCAACCCCAAUAAUUUUAUGGGGGACAUCGACAGUUUGGCCUCACUGAAGGAAUACCUGGAAUUUGCCAAGAGGCACAACCUACAUGUGAUUAUUGAUGAGACUUCCAUGCUGUCUGAGUUUCGUGCGUCCAUCCCAUUCCACAGUGUUCUGAACAUGAGAAGUUUGCCUGACCCCAACAGGACCCAUGUGAUCUGGGGCACCAGUAAGAGUUUUGGCAUCUCUGGCUUCCGUUUUGGCACUCUGUACACCCACAACAAGGAGGUGGUCUCUGCUAUUGGCGCUUUUGGCUUCCUCCACGGCAUCUCUGGCAUCACCCAGCACAAGCUGUGUCGGCUGCUCCAGGACAGAGAAUGGAUUGACAACGUGUACCUGCCCACUAAUCGCUCCCGGAUGCAGGAAGCUCACAGAUACAUCACCAACAAGUUGAAGACAUUGAAGGUCCCUUUUCUCAGUCGUGGCUCUGGCCUCUAUAUCUGGGUCAACUUGAAAGAGUACCUGGACCCAUGCACAUUUGAGGAAGAGCAGCUCCUUUAUCGCUGCUUCCUGGACAACAAGCUCCUAUUGGCCCCUGGCAAGGCCUACAUGUGUAAGGAGCCUGGCUGGUUCCGCCUCACCUUUACGGAUAAGCCCCUCCGCCUGAAAGUCGCCAUGCAGCGGUUCUCUGAGGCGCUAACCGAUAAGAAGCAGAAAUGGAUAGAGAAACAACUGGAGGAUGCACUGGUGGAAGAGUGUCCUCCCUGUCCACCAGGCGCUCCAGCUCAUCCUCCUUCAUAAACAUGGAUACCUC